AUGAAACUGGGAUUUACGGCUACAUCAGGCUUCGAAGUGCACGGCUUUGAGGGAGCUCGUAAUCUUCAGAAUCUGAUCUCGCAUAAAAUCUCGAUGAAGAUCGAUGACAGUGGAAUACAUGAUGAACAUAAGUACUUAGUACAACCUGUAGAGAUAGUACUUCUAGUCAGUAGUGAAAAUGAUCUUCAUUCAAAGAAGGAAAUUAUACUACUGAAUCCUACAGUGUCUAGAGAGCUAAUUAGACUUACGGAUCUCGCCUCGAAAAGACAGAUAUUUCAUGUAGAUGAGGUUCGUCCUCCCAAAAAUAUCGCCUUUUUGGGAAGGUGUAGGACCCGCGAUGCUCAAAACACACAAAGCAAAUUAGCCUGCUAAUUUCUCUCAAUGGUUCGGAGAUGGGGUGAACACGUGCGCGGAAAAAAAGUACUCAAUCAGAGAGAUUGAAGAAACUACUUUUCUCUUUUUCAUCUCUUGUAAGAUAAGAUUUUUGACUCUCUAAGGUUAACAAGAUUAUUUGAGACAGGCUUUUAUUUUUGAUGUUUUGGAAAUACUUACCUAACCUUACUUAACAUCGUAUAUCUUCGCAAUUCUACUUUUGUGUAGCUAUCCAUAAUCAUUCAUUUCAAUGCAAACAUAGCUAUACGCGACCAGACAAAACUAAUUCGUUCGCUGAGUAAAUCGUUAUCUUAAAAAGCAAAGAAUGAAUAGAUCAGCAUUCGCUUGGAUUCUUUUGAAUAGAAAUAUGGCGUUUGUCAUCGUGAUCGUGUCCGAAAAUCAAAAGUAUUUCGAGUAGAAGAAGAAG